AAGCCUCCACGCUACAGCGGCGUGGGCUCGUGGCCGUCCGGAUCGGCGGUGGCUGCCGGCCGGCGGCACCGAACCGAAGCAAGCCCAUGCGGCCAUGCCAUCGCCAGCCGGGCAUGUGCCUCCCUAUCCCACCGAACGCACCUAAAAAAAACCCAGGCAGUGAGAAACCGAACCACGCGUCCAGCUCCCCCUCGCCUCGCUCCAGCUCACCUCGCCUCAGCUCCGCCCAGCAGCCAGCGCCCUCGAGCUUCACCUCCCUCCUACCACCUCCACCUCCCCAAUCCCACCAGAUUCGCCUCGACGCCCCCACCUCCCUGCCUCAGCUUGAUGCCACGCCCCCUCCCAUGGCGCCACGCCCGCGCCCGCGCCCCUCGGCACCCGCCCGAGCCGCGACCCUGACCCUCCUCCUCCUCCUCCUCGCCUCCGCGUCCCUCUCCUCCUCCUCCGCGGCCGCCGCCGCAGGUGUCCCCACGCCCCCGUCCGCGGUCCCCGCCACGCAGCGGCAGGUGGCGUCGGCGUCCGACCCCCCGGCCUCCCCUCCCCCUCCGGCGCGGUGGCACCGGCACCGGCACCGGCGGAGGCACCGUCCGCCGCCGCCGCCCCCGCCGCCCAGGCGGCGGCGGCUCAACUUCGGCGAGCGGCUUGGGAUCGCCUUCGCCGGCGUGGCCGUCGCAAUGCAGGUCUUCCUCGGCGCCUUCCUGGCGCUGCGCGCGUGGCAGCUGCGGCGGCUCGACAGGGCCGAGGUGUCCUCCUCCACGCCCCUCACCUGACGGCCACCGUUUCCCCCCGCCUCCGCCGCCCGCGCCAAUCGAAGCUCGAGCUCGUCCGGGUGUCAGGUCCGUGACUUAUUUGUGAUCUGAUCUGAUGCCGCCGCCGCCGCUGCUGUAAAGGGAUCCGGGGUGCAGUAGCUGCCGCAUGUCCAUGGAGUUGGACGCCAUUCUUUCCGUUCUUUGUUGUACUGCUACCGUGUACAAUCCUGCUCCGUGCAGGCUCCAGUUGAGAGGCUAUGUGAUAUGAGAGAUUGCGAGUUGUGCUGCUGCUUUGAUUGCUGCCGUCCCUUACCUGAUCUAGAUGGUUAGCUGCUGCUGCUUCUGUGCUGUUCCAGUGUUAGAAUUGCAUACUUAAGGCUUGGUGGUUAAAUGGGCUCUCGUGUACUCAUGUACAAAGCGAUCUGUUCCAAUUAUUGCUGGUACGAUAUAAACUAACCUGUCAGUUGCACUUUUCUGUUUUCACAAUCAAGAUCACUCCAUGUGGAAUGAUUGAGCAAACCAUCAAGCAGAUAAUGCGCACUUAUGAUUCUGAUCC